CACUUCAGUGAGUGAAAGGGCCAUUGUGGGGGACAGCCAGCUGCUGCUCUGUCUCUCUGCUCUGUGUUCGUUAAUGAGAUUAGCUGUUCGUCUUAGUCUGCCUCAGUGCAAAGGGGUCAGUCACAGGAUUAGCACCUUGCUCAAAGCGUUGCAUCACUUUAUUACACUUUUUUUUUCUUUUUUUUUUUACCUCCUUACUUUGACUUUCCCACUUCUUGCUCUUUGUGGGUCAUUUUUUCCCCCCUUCCAGCCUCCAAAGUAUGUUUAGUAGAGUUAAAGGUGAGUGGAUAUACUGCGACGCAUCAUGAGGCCUCAGGACUGAGUGCAUCUUGACCCUCUGCCACUGAAUGAAGCAUCUUCCAGGGGAAGGAGGACCAGAGCAGGGGCAGCCAGAGAAGUGAAGGGGCAGCUGGGCCAGCAUCUUGCCUGCUGUGGCAGAGUCUGGUCCGAGACUCUGGACGAGUCAUCCUCAUGCCACUUGUGAAUAACAAAGUGGGAGAUGAUUGCACAGGCGGCUCGGACAAGGCUUUGGCUGAUGGAGAGGCUCUGGUGGGGUCUUUAAUAAAGGUGGUGGCAUGUUACCGGCACUUGGCAUCAUGCGUCGGUGGAUGCACAGACAGCUUGCAGCUCAGGGACGAGCUGCGGCAAACCAGAGAAAAGGCCCAAAAGUUGGCCGUGUCCAUCUGCCGCCACCUGACCUCACACCUGCGGGACAAGAGCCUGCCCGAGGAGCAGCGCAAGGAGAUGGAGCUCCUCUGGGUGGCCUUCUCCUCCAGCCUGGAGCUCCUCCAUGUUGACAUGUGCAAAGUCUUCAGCAUGGGCCAUGUCUUCUGUCUGGCAAACACUGCUACACUGGUGCAAACUGGCCUUCAAGGAGGAGGCAGUGAGGUUGCAGCUCGGGCCCUCAGUCUGCCAGACCUGAACCAGGCCCAGACUGCAGCCCCAGAUGCCGGCCUGGAGAUUCAGGAGCGCGGCGCCAUGGAGCAGGAGAUCAGCCACCUCGAUCACAUGAUCGACGACAUGGAGAUGAAGGUCAACGUGCUGCGCUGGAUGGUGGAGCCCCGAGGGCCGCAGUACGCAGACCCGCUCAGCAGCACCGACAGCGCCUCCCUGGCUCUGCUCUCUGUGGACGAGGAGCAGCCUGGACACCAGCCCCUCUGCCAGCGCAGCCACAUCUUUGUGCUCUUACUGCUGAUGGCAGUUGUUCUGUUGGCAGCCACUUUAUCUGUCUGUGUUGUCUUCUUCUCAUGAGCAAAAUGUCUAUACUCAACCACUGGCCAUUUGUGUAACACUGUACACAAAUGGCCAGUGUUGCUUUUUGUAAUGGCAAUUCAAUUAUUUACUAGUGCAUAAGAUAUUUGUCCACAGAAACACACUGAAAUAAAUCUGGAUGCAAACUUUUGCCAUUUGUUGCAAUGAAUGCAAAGCUGCAACACACUUUACAUUAUCUUUGUUGAACAAAGUAACCAUAAAAACAUGAUGCUGCCAAUUAGAAGUGAUACAUAUUUAAUUAAAUUAUAAUAGGGCGAUGGUUUAUUUUACAUAACUGUAAAAAGAUGGAGCUUGUUUUUACCUUUUGUUCCCAUGCAGUAUGUUCUCUUUGACUUUUCUGAAAUGUCAGACACCUUUCACAUUUAAUUCCUUGUUGCCAUCAAGAUGAUAUAUAUAUAUAUAGGUGCUGAUGCUUGUAGUUGAUUUACUGUAAUAAGAUGAAUAUUCAUUUCCAAUGACAUUUUGGGGAUUAAGUGUUGUGUAUAUAAUCUGUGCUGUAGAGACCUGACAACAUGUAGAUUUAAGCUUUAUAAAAGUUUCACCUUUGAUAAAA